AAAGAAAUAUGUUAAUGUAUCACCUCAGCCUGGAGAAAUGUAAAUAGGGCCUAAAACUGCCAUUAAGACACAUCAAUAUGACCAAGGACAUAUUCUGUGAAUAUUGUAUGCAGGGGCGGACUGACAACUCAUGGGGCCCCCAGGCAAUAGGGGAUCAUGGGGCCCCUGUGUCCUUGCCCACACUCAAACCAAAAAAGCCUAUGAAAAAGCUAAUGAAAGGUACCAGGAGCAUCUCAUGGGGCCCCCUACUGACCCCGGGCCCUCGGGCAGUGCCCGAGUGCUCAAAU